AAACUCGCGCCGCAUGAUAAAGCAGAAGUUCAACACCCUCUCACCUCACUUACAGGUUCGAACCAGAACCGUGGGCACCCCAGCAAUUCCAGCCUGGGUCGGAUACCUGGGUCUCUAUCUUCUACAUCUUCAUAGUUGAUCCAAAGGCAUCUGAAGGUAUACUUGUAACCAGCGAAUCUACGUUCGCUCACCUCCCGGACCUUGUCCUCUCCAACUGACCACAAGCACCAUGCACGUGCUCCGGGCCUUGACCCUGCUUCUGUGCCUGGUAGCUGCCAGCCGCGCUCAAGCUAUCCCAGCUGAGCCGUGUAAGUCUUCUCCGUGCAUCAAUGGCGGCAAGUGUUUGAACCAGGGAGACAACUUUUUUUGCGUGUGUCCAGCAACGUUCACAGGACCGACCUGUUCUGUAGUUGUGCCACCCGAUCCGUGUGAGGAAAAUCCAUGCAUCAACGGCGGCACUUGUGACCCUCAGGGCGAUGACUUUCUGUGCAUAUGUCCUGUAGACUUUACAGGAAAAGACUGUUCUGUUGCUAUCCCAGCUAAGCCGUGUGAGUCUUCUCCGUGCAUCAAUGGCGGCAUGUGUUUGAACCAGAGAGACACCUUUUUGUGCAUGUGUCCAGCAACGUUCACAGGACCGACCUGCUCUGUAGCUGUCCUCACAGAGCCGUGUGAUUCUUCUCCGUGCCUCAAUGGCGGCAAGUGUUUGAACCAGGGAGACAACUUUUUGUGCGUGUGUCCAGCAACGUUCACAGGACCGACCUGCUCUGUAGCUGUGUCAUCUGAUCCGUGUGAGGAAAGUCCAUGCACCAACGGCGGCACUUGUGUGCCUCAGGGCGACGACUUUCUGUGUAUAUGUCCUGUAGACUUUACAGGACAAGACUGUUCUGUUGCUGUCCUCACAGAGCCGUGUGAGUCUUCUCCGUGCCUCAAUGGCGGCAAGUGUUUGAACCAGGGAGACAACUUUUUGUGCGUGUGUCCAGCAACGUUCACAGGACCGACCUGCUCUGUAGCUGUCCUCAAAGAGCCAUGUGAGUCUUCUCCGUGCAUCAAUGGCGGCAAGUGUUUGAAUGAGGGAGACAACUUUUUGUGCGUGUGUCCAGCGACGUUCACAGGACCGACCUGCUCUGUAGCUGUGUCAUCUGAUCCGUGUGAGCAAAGUCCAUGCACCAACGGCGGCACUUGUGUGCCUCAGGGCGACGACUUUCUGUGUAUAUGUCCUGUAGACUUUACAGGACAAGACUGUUCUGUUGCUGUCCUCAAAGAGCCAUGUGAGUCUUCUCCGUGCAUCAAUGGCGGCAAGUGUUUGAACGAGGGAGACAACUUUUUGUGCGUGUGUCCAUCGACGUUCACAGGACCGACCUGCUCUGUAGCUGUGUCAUCUGAUCCAUGUGAGGAAAGUCCAUGCACCAACGGCGGCACUUGUGUGCCUCAGGGCGACGACUUUCUGUGUAUAUGUCCUGUAGACUUUACAGGACAAGACUGUUCUGUUGCUAUCCCAGCUGAGCCGUGUGAGUCUUCUCCGUGCAUCAAUGGCGGCAAGUGUUUGAACCAGGGAGACAACUUUUUGUGCGUGUGUCCAGCAAAGUUCACAGGACCGAUUUGUUCUGUAGCUGUGUCAUCUGAUCCGUGUGAGGAAAGUCCAUGCACCAACGGCGGAACUUGUGUGCCUCAAGGCGACGACUUUUUGUGUAUAUGUCCUGUAGACUUUACAGGACGAGACUGUUCUGUUGCUAUCCCAGCAGAGCCAUGUGAGUCUUCUCCCUGCCUCAAUGGCGGCACGUGUUUGAACCUGGGAAACAACUUUUUGUGUGUGUGUCCAGCAAAUUUCACAGGAACGACCUGUUCUGUAGCUGUCCCACUCGCGUGCGAUUCUAGUCCAUGCACGAAUGGUGGAACGUGUAUCAAUAAAGACGACGGUUUUCUCUGUCUGUGUCCUUCGGAGUUCACAGGCCAAAAUUGUUCUCAAGAAAUCGAUCCCUGCGAUGCAAACCCGUGUCAGGAGGACAACACGUACUGCUACAAACUCCCACCCACGGAGGAAGAACCUUCGCCUUACACAUGCAUCCUUGAGGGUUACCGUCCAGGCCAUUGCAGUCUGCAGCGGUACCUGAGCUGCCACGAGCUGGCUAACUGCACUGACGCUGCGGAUGGCCACAGCUUUAACUGUGUGUGUCCAGAGGACUCAGAGGGAGACGGCUAUACCAACAGCACAGGAUGCAUUCUCAGCUACAAGCCGUGCCGAGACAACUUCACCUGCCCUCAAUACGGUCACUGCGACCAACAGACCUUCCGCUGUGUCUGUAACCCAGGAUUUGAGGGAGACGGCUUCAACUGCACAGACAUCGUGGACUGCCCCAGCCCGGAGUGUGACCCUCACGCCCUGUGCACUGACUUCCCCGGUGGCUUCACCUGCGCCUGUGAUGCUAAGAACAACUACGUGGGUGAUGGGUUCACCUGUGUCUUGGAGUGUGGGAGCGACAACGACUGUCACUGGAACGGCAGAUGUAACGAGAACAACACCUGUGUGUGUAAGGACGGCUACAAAGGAGACGGAGUGGAGUGUGUAGAUGUGAAUGAGUGUGAAGACCCUGCCAGCAACGACUGCGAUCAAAACGCCAACUGCAUCAACACUGAUGGGGAGUACGAGUGUGAGUGCAAGAACGGCUACGACGGUGACGGCUUCACUUGCACAGGACUUCCCAAAAAUUGCGAGGAAAUUCCAAACUUUGUCAACAGCAAAGAUUAUCUCAUCGAUCCUGAUUUUGACGGACCAGCUAAAGCCUUUAAGGUAAAGUGCGACAAAGUUAAGGGCGUAACCAUCACCCAGGUGGUGCCAGUAGGUCCCUUCCCUAUGAAUCUGCCAAAGACAACAACCAACUCCUCUGUCAGCGUAGACUAUGAGCCAGACCCAGAAGAUCUGCGACCCCUGCUCGAAGACGCUGGCUUCUGUUACCAGACGAUCGAAUUUGACUGUAUCCGCGGCUUCGCUCUGUUCCCUGGAACUACCUGGUACGACGCGUAUGGCGUACGUCACGAGAACUGGGGCACAGACCAAGACCAGCAAUGUGCAUGCGGAGCUGUGGCCUCCUGCCAAAACAGCUGUGAGUGCGAUGGCUCCAGAAAAGGCCGUGACUCUGGCAAGCUGGUGAACAAGGCCGAGCUCCCAGUCAUCAGCAUGGCAUUUGAACAAAACGUCGCCAACAAGGGCACAAUUAGCAUCGGACCUCUCAUCUGUGCCAGCCAACCAAUCGAUAUCCCCAAGGACUGUCACGAGGCCAAGUUCGACUACGGCAUCGAAAAGAACACGCCUCUGUACAUUGACGUAGACGGGCCGGGUGGUGUGGACCCAUUCCUUGUGUACUGUGACAUGGAGACCUACAAGCAUGUCGGCAUUACGGAGAUCAAUCCAAACUCACCGGUGAUCACCCCAACUGUAGAGCAAGGGGAGCCUAUCACCUACACAUCAGACCUUCCAGAGAUCAACGGGCUUAUUCAAGGCUCAGUCUUUUGUUCUCAGAGGGUUGAGUUUACAUGUAAGAACUCUGCUUUGCUCGGGGAUGGUGGGUACGUGUAUGGACCCAAUCGCAAGCUGGACUACUUUCCUGGCGCUGAUGGUGUGCAGGACUCCUGCGGAUGCGGCAUCACCCAGUCCUGUGAGAGCGACGAGGUCAAGUGCAACUGCAACAUUCAGGAUGACAAAGUGCGAAAAGACUUUGGACUCAUCAUCAACAAAGCUGACUUGCCUGUGAUCAGAGUCACAGCUGAGCUCGGAGAUCAACGCAGCGGAACAUACGAAUUUGGUGCUCUUCAGUGCAGCCAGAAGCAAUUCGGUAUUGAGCCCAAUUGUGAGAAGUACCGUGGUACAGGUGUGAGCGAGGACUACACCUACUUCAUCGAUCCCGAUGGUCCAGGUAACCUCGACCCAUUCGCUGUGGAGUGUAAGUUUGAGACCAGCCCACCAAUGGGAACCACUAUUAUUCAUCAUGAUAAUGAGGAUGCGAACACCAUCAACUCUGCCGAGUGGUUCAUCCAUUACCUGAGGGCGUCUUUGGAGCAGAUCGAAGCUCUCAAAGACAGAUCAACAUUUUGUACUCAGGAAGUCUCUGUCAACUGCAAGAAAUUCAGCCUUACCCUUGACAGCGGUGCUGUGACGUGGGAGGGAGCUGUAGAGAAGGCUAUUGAGCUGGCCCCAUCCAUGGACUCGUGUGGAGUGAACGGCACCGAUUGUGCUUGCGAUGGUGUCGCCAUUACAAAUGACACAACAGUUUUGCAGGACUUGAUAGAGGUUCCAGUAAGAUCCAUGUCCUUCGGCCAAACUCUCUCACAGUCAGCCGAAGCAGAGCUCACCAUUUCUCUAGGACCUUUGAUCUGCUCAGAGGUGUUCCCCACAUGCGCCAUGCUGAAACAGUUCAUCGACGGAGGUCUGGCAGUGGAGGGAGAGGCAGAUGUCAUCAACGGGGUGUUCACUAUCGACCCUGACGGCCCUGGAGGUGUGGAUCCUUUCGUGGUCAGGUGUCAGUUCCCUGCCACCAUUGUAGACACCGGUCCAGGAAGCGGCGGUGUGGACGACAAAGAUCCCGAUGACCCCGACUCCCCAACAGACAAGUGCUUUGACAUUUCCUACACUGGCGACGACGGAAGCCCCAUCUCCCCGGAACAGAUGACUGCUUUGGUUCAGAGAUCAGAGAAAUGUACCCAAACCCUUGAAUUGGAAUGCCAGAACAGCCCCGCCACUGGCCAAGUAAACUACACAUCUUGUGAUGGCACAGAACAACCAGGCUGGGCCGGAAGCUAUGGCGCAGACAUGUGUGCUUGCGGUGUGAACGGCAACUGUGACGGAGGGAACGACCAGAAGUGUAACUGUGACGUAGCAGAUGACCAGCUCAGGAAAGAUGGCGGGAAUAUCAUUCAGACGGACAGACUUCCAGUCUGCCAGGUGUGUUUGAGCGUCCCACCUCCAGGCGAAGGUGAUCCUGCCGACUCCCCAACUAAAAUGCUCCGCUAUAAGCUGGGAAAACUGACUUGUAAUGGAAGACGAGGUACGAGCGGUCAGAGCUGCCAACAGGCCAGGAGGGGUGCAGGGGGCUCUGUCCAGAGCGUUGAGGAGGUCGGCCUCUCGAUAGACUGGCACAAUCCCACUCCAGUCGGCUGUCGGUUCUACCCAAACCCCCCUAUUGGAGAACUGGUGGUGAAACCGGAGCAGCCCGUGAACCCCCCAGACGACGAGAACCCCUUGGAUGUGACCAUCGUCUACAUCUCCAUCAACAUCGACAUCAUCCUUAAGCAGGUAGAGAAGAGCGAGUACUGCAGCCAGAACAUCUUCCUCUUCUGUACCGGCAACACGCCCGUCAUCCUGGGGAACGGAAACUACUGGUACGAUUUUGAUGACGAGGCCCAAACGGAGUGGGAGGAGCUCCCAGCUAACGGCGACAAGAUCACCGAAGCGUGUGAACAGAACCAGGCGCUGUGCCAGAGUUGUGGACGCCCCAAGGGGUACAAGAUUGUGGAGGUGUCCAGUCUGCCGGUGAAGAGAGUGGUGCUGGCCGUGACUGGCGUGACACUGGUGGUGGGAGAACUCGGCUGUUUUAAUCUCAAGGCAAGCUGCCAACAUAUCUCUGAGGGCUCCGCACACAACGUACCUGGCUCCAUUGGAGGCAAAAGAUACGUGAUUGAUCCCGAUGCAGCAGGGACGAUUGAACCAUUUGCUGUCAAUUGUGAUCUGGACUUCCCUAACAAGAUUGGCGUCACUGAAACCGCCCUUCCCAUCACUGGUGUUUACAUUGGCGGUCAAGUGAAUGGCGUGUCUUCGGCAGAGGUCUCCGUCACCAACAUCCGCUGCACCGACAAACCAGUCGAUCCUCCCCGAGACUGCGCAGAUGCCAUGAAGAGAGGCGCUAGCUUUGGAGUAGACUACAGCGAGACCGGAGAGUAUUUGAUCAGCCCCGACCCCACGGGUAACAUCAAGCCUUUCAUGGUGAGAUGCGACUUCUCUAUGGUACCAGGUGUAGGUGUGACGGUGGUCAAGCCCACGAAUCCCCCAAACAAGCCACAGACCCACAAGCCCGGAGACACGGAGACUGAGAAGGUAGAAUACCAUGGACCCACCGAUGAACAGAUCAAGGCUCUUAUAGAACAGUCCGCUUUCUGCUACCAGGGAGUUCGUUAUGACUGCCAGGGCAGUGUGUUUUUCUCCGAAGGAUCCUACUGGAUCACUGCUGCUGACGGUUCCAAAACCAAGAGGACUUUCUGGGGCGGUGGCGAACCAGGAGAGGGAGGAGGAAAGGGCUUCUGCGCAUGCGGUGUCACUGACAACUGCGGAGGUCAGGACAGUGCCUCCAAUCAGCGCGCCAGACACUGCAACUGUGACGUGGCUGACGGCGAGCCCCGCUCUGAUGCCGGUAUCAUCGAUGCCAAAGAGUUCCUGCCCGUGGGCUCCUUCACAUUUGGGCGUUUCACAACCUUCAAUUUGGCCAACUUGACCAUCGGAGAUUUGUUCUGUACCCAGGAUGAAAUUCAUGAUGAUGAGUGUUCUUGGAACCCAUGCCCAUUCACAGCCUACUGCACCAACCUGCCUGGAUCUUUCAACUGCACUUGUAAAGAGGGUUACGAGCAAAUUAGUCCAAUGGAGUGUCGAGAUAUCAAUGAGUGUGCUGACCCCGUGCUCAACGAUUGCCACGAGAACGCCAGGUGCCAGAAUCUGCAGGGAUCUUACCGCUGCGCUUGUAAGCGGGAUUAUAGAGGAGAUGGCAAAGAAGUCUGUAAACCUGUGGGUCAGUGCGCGUGCUUCGGUGACCCUCACUGCACCAGCUUCGACCACCGCUGGCUUCACUUCCAGGGAGACUGUGAGUACAUUAUGAGCAAGGACGGCUGUGGCAAUGAGCCAGAAACAUUCAGGGUUGAGGUGCAACACUGGAAGAGAGAAAACGUGCGCAGUGCCUACUACUCCUGGAUCAAGACCGUGCGUGUGUUCACUCUGGACUACAACAUCACUCUCCGCCAGGGAGGCGUCAUCGAGGUGAACGGCGUGGUCGUGAGACAGUUCUACGACACUCACCUCGUGAGCGUUGUCAAGGCUGGACCCAGAGUGAGAGUGUUGGUAAUCACCGGCUUGGAGGUAACCUGGGACGGUCAAGAGGCCGUGGAGAUCUUCAUUCCCGAGAAGGCACAGGGCAAGACCUGUGGUCUGUGCGGAAACUACAACGGUGACUCAAGCGAUGACUGGGAGCUGGGCCCUGCCUGUCCCGCAUUGGCCGGACAACAGACGGACAACUACGACCAGUUCGGCCGCUCGUGGGUGAUCGAGGACACCGGCGCGGCGUGUCCCGUCGACUGCUCCAACACCCCACCGCCCAACAACACAGACUGUAACGUGCCCCAGUCCGUUGUGGAGCAGGAGUGUGACAAGCUGCUGGAGCGACCUUACUCCCCCUUCAUGGACUGUCUCUCUAUACUCCCACAAGAAACCUUAGAACAGCUCCGGUUCUCCUGUGUUAUGGAUGGCUGUUUGACCGAAGACGACUUGAGUGCCCAAAUGUGCGAGUUUGCCAAGGUCAUCUUUGACAAAUGUGCUUUGUCAGAAAACGUGAAGAUUGAUGGAUGGAGGCAGGAUGUCGAUGCCUGUGAAGAACCGGUAUGUGAAAACAACAUGGUGUACAAGACGUGCGGGCCCGUGAACCCAGCGACCUGCCUGAACUCGAACGUGGCCGUGAACGACACACUGGUGGGAGACGUGUGCGCAGAGGGCUGCUUCUGUCCCGGGGGCAUGCUCAUGGAGGACGACAAGUGCUUGGAGCAGGAGCAGUGUGGAUGCUUCUACGAGAACGAGUACCUUGCUAAAGGGGACAUCGUAUUCCUGCCCAACUGCCAGGAGAAGAUCGAAUGCUUGGGACAGAACAAUACCGUGACUACCCCCGUUGAGUGUCAGAAAAAUUCUGAGUGCCGUAUGGAGGACGGAGUGAGGGGCUGCUUCUGUGAAGAGGGCUACCUCAUGAACGAACAGACAGGCUUGUGUGAAUAUAUUGACGAAUGUGCUUACGACAUCGACGGCUGUGGGGCCAACGCAGAGUGCGUGAACACCCUGGGUGGGUUCCGCUGUGAGUGUUGUGCCGGCUACAAGGAGUCCUCGGGUGGAGACUGCGUCCGCGACCCCUCCACGGACUUUGGCUCUGCUCCAGGGGCCGGGCAGUGCUGUGCUUGCAGAGACUCCAAAUGUGAACAGGAAGGAAAGGUGUGUGGGUCAGAUGGAAUCACAUACAACAGUUACAGGUCUCUGGCCAUCAAGUCUUGCAAGGCAGGAGAUCCUGAUCUGACAGUCAGUUACCCAGGACCUUGUCAAGGUACAUGCAGCACUGUGAUCUGUGAGAAACAAUACGCCACUUGUGAGAUGGACGAGAACGGUCGGCCCCAGUGCGGAUGUCCAACCUGUGAAGACUCGUCCUCAGUCGUUGAAGAAGACAUGGUUUGCGCCACUAACAAGAUCACAUACAUCAGUGUCUGCCAUAUGAAGAAAGACUCCUGUGAGGCCGAGUUCGAAACCGAGGUGGAAGUUGAAUCAACGGGCAAGCCUUGUGGACCGGGAAGCGGCGACAAACCUGGCCCAUGGAGUGAGUGGGGAGACUGCAGUGAGAAUUGCAAACAGGGCGAAAAGACUCGAACUCGAGAAACUAAUGGACUUAGUGUGCACGCUAAUGAGACUGUGCCUUGCUACAAUACAUGUGAUAACGGUCCUUGCACACAAACCACAUGUACACAGCCCGCCCAGGUGUGCACGGCAGACGAGCAGGACGUACCCAGCUGCUCCUGCCCCGUCUGUGUUACAUUCCCAGAACAGCCUGUCUGUGGGCGCCUUGGCAACGUUGUGCAGACUUACGAGAACGAAUGUGAGCUGGACAAAGCUGCUUGCGAAGAAGGGCAAGAGGAUUAUGAGGUGUUGGAGGAAAACGCUUGUGAGGAAAAACCCAGAGAGUGCGGCCGCAUCCGUAACUUCAAGGUGUACAAGGACGAGAACGGCUGUAUGGCAGACCGCAGCGUCGACAUGGGCUUCUGUUAUGGCGGCUGUGACGACAAGGGUGAGCUGUGCUGCUUUGGCGUGAAGCAGGAGUUCAAGUUUGUCAUCCUUGAGUGUCCCGACGGAAAACGCAAGAAUAAAUUCCUGCCUACCAUCCAAGGAUGCCAGUGCAUCACUCAGGAGGACGCUUAUGGCCCUAGCAUGGUCGUGGCCGAUUAAAAUGUAACGCCAAGGCUGCGUCCCAGGGUUCCCAUCGAGGGCUCAGGAAAAUGCAAUCUUUCAUAUCAGCUUUCUUGGUUCUGAACUGAUAAUUAGAGAAUAAAAUAUUACGAUCAUAAUGUGGGUCAUCCAGUUUUAUCGUUGUUAUUUUUUAUGAUACCUACCCUGUUGUGAAGGUCUUGGUACUUUGUAAUUCUUGUAAUAGUUGUGAUCAUGCUACUUGUGCCUUAUUAGGAAGGUUUUAUGAUUUAUUCUGUUACAUACUAAUAGCUGACAAUUUUCUUUAUGAUGCCAAUUUGUUUGUGGGGGGAGGGUGGGUGGUGGUAUAUGUCGCAUUUUGCUCUGUCUGCUUGUGUUUGGGCUUUGACAUCAGCAGAAAACGAAGGAUACUCUGUGAUAAAAAUCAAUUCUGAGAGAUUUCUAGAGAAGCAAAGAAUACCAUGUAUCCUGGUAAACAGUUAUUUGUUGUUGGAUUGGUUUAAAUAACCUUUGUUCACUCUAGUUUGAGCAGCAAUUAUAGUUUGCUAUAAGAAUCCCCCAAACCACCGUCUGCUUUGUGAUAUGUGACGACUGAUUUUAUUUUCUGUGUUGAAGGCCCUUUCCUGGCGCUAAAUCAUAGAUGGAACAUAGAUUUGACAUUGUCUCGAAAAGAAAUUCUCGCGCAAUAGCUAUUUUGUGGCUUUGGAGCUUUGUUAUUGUCUUUGUCAUUAGCAAUUUCCCUGUCUUCCAAAUAAAAUGAUAUGGUUACAUUAAUAAAACAGUCAUUAAUGCAUACGCUGUGUUUGGUUUUGUGAAUAAAGCAGUGUCUGUCACAAA